CUCUGGUAAUGUUAGGAGUGGGCAGAUGAGCUGGAAAACAUGAGAAGAAACUAGAAAUAUGGGUGUGUUUGGCGAGUCACUAUCAGUAAUGGAAGGAGAUUCUGUUUUUCUACACACUGAUGUUACUAAAAUACAUGAAAAUGAUGACAUACUGUGGACAUAUGGAGCUGAAAGGCCUCUGAUAGCUAAAAUCAAUAAACUGAAAAAAAUCUUCAACACAUCCACUGGUCCUGAUGGGAGAUUCAGAGACAGACUGAAGCUGAACAAUCAAACUGGAUCUCUGACCAUCACAAACAUCACAACUCAACAUGCUGGACUCUAUGAACUAAUGAUAAGUGGAGUAAAAUCAACAUCAAAAACAUUCAGUGUUUCUGUCUAUGCUCAUCUGCCUGUUCCUGUAAUUAUCAGAGAGUAUUCUCAAAACCAUUCAUCAUCACAGCAGAAUUGUUCAUUGUUGUGUUCAGUGGUGAAUGUGAGUGAUGUGAGUCUCUCCUGGUACAAAGGAAACAGUUUAUUGUCCAGCAUCAGUGUGUCUGAUCUCAGCAUCAGUCUCUCUCUACCUCUGGAGGUGGAAUAUCAGGAUAAAAACACCUACAGCUGUGUGAUCAACAAUCCCAUCAGAAACCAGACCACACAUCUGGACAUCAGUGAACUCUGUCACACAUUUGAAAACUCAGGAUCUCAGUCCGUGCUGAUCUCUGCUGCUACUGCUGCUGGAUUUCUGUUGACUGUAGCUUUAUUUGGGAUCUUCCUGAUCUGCAAGAAACACAGAAAAACUGCUAGAGAAGUUGAGACUUGUACCGAAGAGAUCACUUACACUGAUCAAGUGUUCUACAAAAGAAACGCACAGAAAUGGAAUAUUAAAGAGGAGGAUCGUGUGGAUUAUGCACCCAUCUCCAUAACACAGAGAGAGGCAGAUCCAGCUAUAUGAUCAUUUCACGAGGAACCUCCUGAGACAACCUUAGAGUCCGAGUCUAUGAUUGAGUUUUGGGAUUGGUGAGAAUCAGUACUAAUUGUCCAAUAAAUGUAGCACAAAUUCUGGCCAAAAAACUUUAUGUAAAGACUUUUUAUUUUCAUUUUCAGAGGUGUCUGAAGUGUGAUAUCCAGAGUUGGACUAAUGAAAUAGUCUCCUAAAACUUUCUUCAAGGACUUUUAACAAAUGAUCUAGGGUGUUUUCACACCUGGCCUAUUUGAAGCAUUUCAGAACCUGAUGCUUUUUCUCCCAUAAUUUGGUUUGUUUAGAAAUAUAUGAACAUGGCAGUCAUGUUUGAAAAUAAACUCUG